AAGGUUUGGGUUGUGGAGUGGAGUAACGUUUUCCGAGAGGGGAGCAAGGGCGGCUACGGUUGUACAAUGCCGAAUAAAACGAAAAAAGACAAGGAGUCCCUUAAGUCUGGUAAAGUGGGCAAGAGUGGAGGACAAGACAAUUCAGAGAACGAGCAGAGCUCUAACAGGAAGGCUAGCAAUAGUGCUCCUCCCACCACUCAGCUGCUAAAGGGGAAGCAGCCAGGUUCCCAGACACCUGUCAAAAAGGACAAGAGGCAGAGCUCCUCUCGUUUCAGCUUGAGCAACAACAGGGAGCUGCAGAAGCUGCCUGCUUUCAAAGAUGUUCCCCUUGCAGAGCAGGAGAAGCUGUUCAUCCAGAAGUUGCGGCAGUGCUGCGUCCUCUUUGACUUCGUCUCAGACCCACUGAGUGACCUGAAAUGGAAGGAGGUGAAGCGGGCGGCGAUAAGCGAGAUGGUGGAGUACAUCACCCACAACAGGAAUGUCAUCACAGAGCCCAUCUACCCAGAGGUGGUGCACAUGUUUGCUGUGAACAUGUUCAGGACGUUGCCACAUCAUCAAACCCCACGGGCGCCGAGUUUGACCCCGAAAGAAGACGAGCCCACGCUAGAGGCUGCGUGGCCACAUCUACAGCUUGUUUAUGAAUUCUUCCUACGCUUCUUAGAGUCACCUGACUUUCAACCAAACAUAGCCAAAAAGUAUAUUGACCAGAAGUUUGUAAUGCAGCUCUUAGACCUGUUUGACAGUGAAGACCCCAGGGAAAGAGACUUUUUAAAGACUACUCUUCAUCGCAUCUAUGGCAAGUUCCUGGGCCUGCGAGCAACAUUAGGAAACACAUUAAUAAAUAUUUUAUAGGUUCAUUAUGAGACUGAACAUCAUAAUGGAAUAGCAGAAUUACUGGAGAUAUUAGGCAGCAUAAUCAAUGGCUUUGCAUUUACCGUUUGAAAGAAAGAGCACAAGAUAUUCCUGCUGAAAGUCCCUGCUGCCUUUACACAAGUCAAGUCUCUCAGUGUGUACCACCCACAGCUGGCCCUACGUGUUGUACAGUUCUUAGAGAAGGAUAGCACCCUCACGGAGCCGACCGUAAUGGCGUUGUUGAAGUACUGGCCGAAGACCCACAGUCCAAAAGAGGUGAUGUUCCUGAACGAGUUGGAGGAGAUCCUGGACGUCAUCGAGCCGUCGGAGUUCGUCAAAGUCAUGGAGCCGCUCUUCAGACAGCUGGCCAAGUGUGUGUCCAGCCCACACUUCCAGGUGGCAGAACGAGCUCUGUACUACUGGAACAAUGAGUACAUCAUGAGCCUGAUCAGCGACAACGCUGCCAAGAUCCUGCCUAUCAUGUUCCCCUCGCUCUACCGCAACUCCAAGACCCACUGGAACAAGACGAUCCACGGGUUGAUCUACAAUGCUCUUAAACUCUUCAUGGAGAUGAACCAGAAGCUGUUUGAUGACUGCACCCAACAGUUCAGGGCCGAGAAAAGCAAAGAGAAAGCCAAAUGGAAAGAGAGGGACGAAGCGUGGCUGAAGAUCGAGAAUCUUGCAAAGUCAAACCCACAGUUUUUGCCGUACGUUGACUCGAUAGGCUGCGAUGGUCCGAUGGACAUGGAGACAGACGGGCCGCUGCUAGACGAUGUCAACCUGCUCAAGAAAAAAGUAGAGGAGGAGGCAAUACAGAUCCAAAAAGAUCAGCGUAGAGAGCGCCCGUUGGUGAGGAGGAAAUCCGAACUCCCCAGGGACAUCUGCACCGUCACGGCCUUGGAGAUGCAUCGGAGAGCCGAUGAAAUGAUAACGCCGCACGACGGCCACUAAGAGACCACCCUGGAUCCACCAUGAACCACCAGCAGCAGCAGAGGGCCCACAGAGGCCAGCACAACGUCCGAACUCUGGAAUCUCAGCCCAGCACAACACGGAACUGAACAGCUCCACCUGACGCAGAAAAUGUCUAAAGCGGCACGUCCAAUUAGCCUUGUUCGACUUUUUGGGACAUGCAAUGCUCUGACCCCCCCCCCUCACCCUUCCCCUUUUUGUCCAGCAAAAACAUCUGUGAUGCCGUUUUGUUGUAAAAGACCACAAAGUGCACCAUGUCCCUGAACUUCUCCCAAGAUACUGUAGUGUUAUCUUUCUCUUCUCCCUUGUUUUUCGGGGUCCUGCGCUGCCCCCUCCUGGUCGUCUCUCUCAGGUGUUCUGUUCUGUGCGUGAGCCGUCGUCUCUUCUAGCCUCUUCUCUAUAGAUGUCAGGUGUUUGUACAAAUACCAUGAGCCUUGUUUGGUUUUUAAAACAGAAAUCAGCGGUGGAUGAGAUCAGUCAUUUCUAUAUAUUUAACACAAGCUAUUAUUCUCAUUUUAACUAGACAGUCUAGACAGCUGUUUAUAUUUGAUUUUCUCCUUCACAUAGUAUAUUAGGUGCUCUACUUGGAGUCAAACACACUUCCUAUCGGUAUAACUGCUAUGUUAUUUUUAUUUUCUAUCAGCUGUGAAGAUGAAUUGAUUGUUCUGAUAAUCAGGACAGGACUACUAGUACAGUGUGUGUCCAGAUUAAAAGCGUUACGACACACAGUGCUGGCCUGACAGAGUUCGUUUUUUAAUCGAACAGAUCUUUGUGCUUGUAUAAAAGCAUAGUCUGGUGCCAACUUCUCAUAAAAAUAAACAAUCGUUUUUUAAUUGUGUAGGCAAUAAGUUGACGCAGGUAUGCAGUGUGUGGCUCAAACAAUGGUCAGACAGUGUGCUGUUGUGUGUUUGGAUCUAUUCGAUUGGCUCUUGGGACAGGUCCAGCCCGUGCCUGGUUACAUGAGAGGGGAUUGUGGGAUUUCUUUUUGGUUUCUCGCUCAUAUCCAGCCAUGGUAGGAGUGUGUUCAACACGGCCAUUUAGCAUUCAGUACAAGUCGCUGUCAUUCAUGUUGGGCUAAGAGAGGUCCGAGAGAUGUUCUGGAUUUACACAAUGCUGCUGUGUGGGAGAGAAGUCAACAGGGGCAGAAACUGUGCCCAUGGUGAUCGCUUUUUCUACUCUUCUCAAGCAAGACCCUUUUAUUUAUAAAACACUUGUUAGAGAUUAGACUGCUUUGAGAUGAGGUGUGUUUGCUUUGAACGUGAGCCUUUCUUUUCACAGUGCCUUUUAUAGUCCAAGGGGAUAUUUGUUCCAACGAGAAUCGAGUAGUAGCAUGAACAAAAAGAAAUGCCAGAUCAUUAACAAAAAAAGUUUUCCUUCAAGUCUACGUGGCACACCUCCAGCUGCUGCCUUGUUGAAGCUACAAAGUGGAUUUUGUAGGUGAAAGCUAGAGAGCAGAAGCAGAGUGGUCGCCACCUAGCGAUGAAGCACUUCCUGAUAAAACUUGAAAGAAAAUAGAAAAAAAAACAACUAGAAAAGAAUCCGUGAUGCUGUCUGUCGUGGCGUGAGGGGUCGCCUCCCCUGGGUGGGGUGGAUAAGAGCUCGCCUCCACAGGAGAGGAAAUCUUUUCUGUCCCAUUCCGCUUUUGAUUUAUACCGUUGUUUGACCCCGUCUGCCCGGACCUGCACACUGACUCUAACCGCCCCCCCUCCCCCUUUCUCCAGUAGAAACCUACUACCCAGUAGGCUUGAUAUUCUUUUGAAUCUGCUUCUGGAUGCUUGCAAGUUUUCCUUGUGUUUUUUCUUCUUCCUUUGCCUGCAGAACCUCUCAGUCAGUGUUUCAACUGAAUGUGCAAAUUGUAAAUAAUACUGCAGUCACGUUUUUUCUUUUUUCUCUGUGUUUGUCUGGAAGAAAAACAUUCACCAAAGGCUUCUUACCUCACCCCCCUGUGCCCACAGUGGAUUGUAAUGAAAGUGAAUCCAUCCCUUCGGUGAUCUACGUCCUCUGAUUGUUGGUUGUCUGGGUUUGUUACGCUCACUGGUGACUGUUGUUCUUCUCAAAAUGGCUUUAAUAUUGGCUUCUUUGGAGCUCUCCAUGUCACAUUUGUCUUCUUUCAAAAGAAUGAAGUGUGCUUUAGUAUACGUCUCAUACUAAAUGGCUUCUAUUGUACAUAUAAUGUACUUUUAUUUUAUGUUAUAACUAUUAAAUGGUAGAUUUCAUAUUUUGUACAAAACCCUGUGUACAGAAUACAGAGGUUAUUAUUAGCAACUGCAGACAGUUGGUAUGUGGCACAGACUUCAACACACGUGACUAUUUACAUUUAGAGAACCGUAUAGAAUUUGGAUAGUUUAUCUAUUUGUAAUCUGACAUCUUUUCCGUUUUUGUUUUUCGUCUUCACACGUGUUGAUAUUCUACAUAAAUGAGCUUUUUGUGUGUGUGCUUUUAUCCAAAUCUCCAGUGGUGUUCAUCUAUCUAUAUACAGCAAAUAAAGAGAACAUGUGAGUUUUAUAUUUUCAUCCUAAAAAA